CGCUGAUUGGCCCGGCGGAAACCGGGGGAACCCGAGGCUUGGCAUCAUGUCAUUCGACUUUCCGUCGUGCCCGCCUUUGAAAUCAACUUGGCAGCUUCUGCCAAACAAGAACGGCCCCUGGGGAUGACAUUCCAACAUUGAACAACACAACUCCUCCCGAACCAAUUCUCGGAGGGUACUCAACAGCUUCGCACGAUGAACUCGCCGAGCUUGCUGUCGCGGAGGUCUCUCUCCGCCUGCUUCGCGUGCCGCCGCAACCUGCUGCGCCAGCGCCAGUUCUCGGCCGCGCCCGCAUCGCUCGUCGCCGCCUUUCACGCCUACACGCUCCCGACGCAGCCGCCGCCAUCAGCGCGCAAUGCGUCCGUGCCCGACACCUCCAUCGCAUACCCGGUGCCGUCGCCGAGUCUGCCGAGGAUACACGAGACGAGGUCGCCCAGGCAGCCUGAUGCGCCGGUAGACGCCCCCGCCACGCCCUCGCCCUCGUCCAUCCCGGAGAAGGAAGCGCAGCAGUCGAAGCCCGACUUUGCCGCUGCUCCCACAGCUUCUUCCCAAUCCCCCUCGCAAACCACUCAACCAAUCCCGUCCCCGUCUGCGUCCACACCACCACCACAACAACAGCCAGCCCAACCCCGGGACGACGCACAGGCGGUCUCAGCAGCCGAAACCAAGCCCGCCGCGCGGGCGCGCCCCAAGCUGCGCGCGCGCAAGGCCGCCAUGAAGCUGACGCCGGCGGCGGUCGAGCGGCUGCGGGCGCUGCUGGACCAGCCGGAGCCGAAGCUGAUCCGGGUGGGCGUGCGCAACCGGGGCUGCUCGGGGCUGGCGUACAACCUCGAGUACGUCGACCGGCCGGGGGCGUUCGACGAGGCGGUCGAGCAGGACGGCGUGCGCGUGCUGAUCGACAGCAAGGCGCUGUUCAGCAUCAUCGGCAGCGAGAUGGACUGGGUCGAGGACAAGCUCAGCCAGCGGUUUGUCUUUCGGAACCCGAAUAUUAAGGAGCAGUGUGGGUGCGGCGAGUCGUUUCUGGUAUGAUGGGAAUGGGAUGGGGCUGUGGGGAGGUAGAGUGAGGGAUUGAUGCCGGCUGCCGGUGCUCGGCUUUGAUGCAGCAUACUGAUAUUGGGCUGCUUAACAUGCAGGUGGCUGGUGGCAGGCGGCAAAGGAUUGUUGAGGCGGCGGCGACAGACAUUGAUCUUGCUGUUGGGGCGCAUCUCCAUACACUAGACAGCGGGCGCUCGCUCGCAUUGUUGCAUCCAUUCCGUAUAGAACGGCACGCAGUGGGUAAUCCAUAAAAAAUACCAUAUGAUUGCCGGUUUUUUGUUCCUCCUGUUUGCUGUUGGUUCUCAUGCUCCUCGAGCCAGGCUUUCC